UAAAUCCGUAAAAUAUAAGGGUGAUUAAGUUGUUCCCGAUGCGACGGCGUAUCUUGACAAUUGGCUGUCACUUGACGGUGCGUGCUGUUGCACCGAAUAUCAAAUUCGAUAUAUAAAAGAUAAGGAGAUACUGGGACGUUCUGUUUAAGCUCUUGCAUGCUUCGUGCUCGCCUAAAGCUUGCUUGUAAGCUUUCGUAACUGAUACGGUGUCUCACAUAGUGUGGCUUCCUUUCGUUCGAUUGUUACUUACUCCACAGACUUAUGAACUAUUCGCGGAAGGUGUCAUUUGCGAUCGGGGUUGAUGUGUGCCCUAAAACAGGAAGUACUAGGCGACAAAUAUUAUAACAAUGUUAGAUUGUUAAAUUGAUAUAUACACGAAAUUAGAGUAGCACGAUAAAGACGUGACAGUGGAGUCAAGUUAUGGAGGGAGUCGAUGGGCAACUGCAAACAAAAUAUCAAAAGAUAGCCACGGAAUAUUCGAAAAUUCGUGCUCAGGCGAACGUUCUAAGAAAGGCUGUGAUAGAUGAACAAGCACGUAAUGCGGAGAUACGCGAACAAUUAAAAGAGAAAGAAGUAGAAUUUCGUAGAGCGGAACAAGAAAUAGAUAGUCUGACUUUCCGCAAUCAACAGUUGACCAAACGAAUAACUGUAUUGCAGGAUGAACUUGAUAAAGCACAAAAUAAAUCUAGGAAAGGGAAAGGCAAACUAUCGGAUAAUAAUACUCAAGUACCUGCCUCAUCGAAUCAUAUCUUAGACGAAGAAUUUCAAAAAAAGAUAGUUGAAAAUGCUCAAUUGCUUUCGCAAAUAGCGGAUAAGGAUAGUGAAAUUGAAAGUUUAAGCGAAAGAAUACAAGAAUUGGAAUAUAAGUUAGAACAUGCUGAAAAAUCUAAAGUAGUAUUAGAUUGUCAGCAUCGCAGAGAAAUUGAUAAGUUGGACAGGGAGAGAAAUGAUUUACAGAGAAAACUUAACGAAAAGCAAAGACAAGAAGAAACUAUAUCUUGGUCUAGUACUGAAGGCAAGAAGGAAGGAUACGAUGGUGAACAAAGAGCAGGAUUUUCUAAUCAUUAUCAAAUAGAUUCUUCUCCGAUUUCAUCGCCAUCUCCAUCGCGUAGAUCCUCUAAAUCUUUUAAUGAUGGUAAAAUUCAAAAAUUAACAGACGAAAAAAAUGAUUAUGAAUCUUCCAAAUCUUAUGACAUAGAAAAAGAACUGCAUUAUUGGAAAACGCAAUACCACAUGAUUAAAAUAAAAUACGAUGAAUACGAACAUAAAGACCAAGAAGCAAAUAUAUCAGUCGCCAAGGAAUCUCUCAAUCCUGUAAAAAUAAAUAAUAUGAUUGGAAGAUUACAGGCACCAUUUGCAUUACCCGAGGAAAUAGAAGCUCGCGAAGCAAAAAUAAGAGAAUACUUUCUUGAUGAGAUAAAUAAAUUAGUAAUGGAAAAACACAUUUGUCAUGUUAAAAAUUUGGCCAUGGCUGCUAACAAAGAAGUGAUGCAUGUACAUUUGGAAACAUGUGAAUCGAAAAGAGAAAAAUGUGAGUUAGCACUUUCGGAAGCUCUAUCCAAUUGCAAUAGCUUGCAAAAAGAUAAAGAGACACAAGAAGGAAACUAUAAAGCACAACUCAGUACUAUGAGCGAACAUCUUGCUAAUAUGAAUGAUAAACUUAUUUGUCAGACAGAAGAAAUUCAACAAUUAAAGUUUGAAUUAGCAAACAAGAAUAAUAGGAAAGGAAAACAAAAAUGAUUUACAUUCAGUUACUGACAAUUGAUCAGAGACAUUCCAUUGACAACAUUAGUAUAAUCAUAUUCAUUGAUCGAUUUAAAGUUAUGUAUAUAAGGAAUUCAUACCAAACGAACAAUAUAUUAUCUGUCCUCAUACUCUGAUUUUUAGCAAGAAGAAACAUGCUAAAAUGCUCUCUGAUUCUGUUACGUUAUGUUAUUUAUGAAAUCAAAAUAAAAUAUUACAAUUGAA